UUGUAGAGUUCUUGGAAUACGGAAAGAAGCGAGGCCGUGUGCGCAGGGUUAUUUGUGGUGUGCAAUUUAGGCAUUAUAGUUACUUAUAUUUUAUUUCUUUCGCUUUAUUUUGGCGAAUAAAUCAAACAAGGUAUCUGCAUCACGGCUGCGCCACUGCAGUAGAGGCGCGCGCCGGCCAUGUCCGAGCCGGCGCUGGACGAGCGCGCCGGCGACGCCGACGCGGCCGGCUCCUCGUACGCGCAGGCGCUGCGCGGCCGCUCGCUGGCCGACGGCGGCGACGCUGCGGAGGAGUUCCCCGAGCUGGGCGCGCCGGCCGACAGCGCCGAACACGACGAGUCCGGAGAGUGGAAACAGUCCAAGAACCGGCGCGCCGACAAGCGGCAGCAGGCCCGCGAGCGUCGUGACCAGCGCGUGCGCCGGGAGCGCCGCGAGCGUCCGCACCGCGGCCCGCCGCCCUCAGCGGCCGCGCAGCCGGAGGAGGGCGACCGCGCCGCCACCGGUGAGCAGACGGCGCCGGCCGCGCAGCCGGCUGCCGGCGACGCGGCCGUCUCGGGCGAGGAGGCCGGCGCGCCGGCCGCCGACGAGACCAAGUUCGUGGACGCGCCGCCGCCGAAGGAGAACGCCUGGAGUAAGAAGCAGGCCGGUGCUGCGCAGCCGGCGGCCCCCGCGGCGGCGGCGGCGGCGCCGGCCGAGCCCGCUCAGAAGCCGGAGCCGCCGCCGGCUGCGGCGGCUCGGCCUGCUGCGACGGCGGCCGUCCCCAAACCGGCCAGCACAGACGGGCCGGCGCGGCCGCCCACCGUCGUACGAGCCAACUCGGGUGACAAGUCAAAAAUCAAUGCGAAGGCGUCCGACUUCAGUGACCUGGGCGACUGGCCGAGCCUGGAGAAGACGAGCAGUGCGCCGGGCACGCCUCGGCCGGCCACCGCUCCGGCCGGCUCCGGCUCGGGCCUGACCAACGGCGGCGGCACGGCGCCCUCCUCACAGGACGACGACUCGUCCAAGGAGAACUACGACGAGAACCGGCAGAACGCCUCCGGCACCGACAGCAGCAAACGGAAACGCAGCACGCCCAAACAGAAAUGGAAGCCCAUGGACAUCGAAUUCCGCGGCCGCGGCAAGCGGGCCGAUCGGUCGCCGCGCGGCGGCUUCCGCUCGCGCCUGGACCCGCGCAGAGGAGGCAGCUCGGAGAGCUCCAACUGGCGGGAGGACAGUCGCAGUGUGGAGCGGCGCGGCCGCGGCCGCGGGCGGGGCCGGCCGCGCGCGCGGGGUCGCGGCCGCGGCGGCUCAGCGGCCGCUGGCCUGGCCGCUGACGAGUGGUCCGGUCAGGACCCGCUGGAGGAGAUGGGUGCCGACCUCGGAGCCAAGGUGCCGGAGUACCUGCGCUCCGACCCGGCCUUUCUCGACAUGUACCACAACUACGUGUACCCGUCUCCCUACCUGCAGCUCAGCGACGUCGCACUCAGAGAAGCCAUCAAAAAACAGAUUGAGUACUACUUCAGCGAGGAGAACCUGCAGAAGGACUUUUUCCUGCGGCGCAAGAUGGACGAGGACGGCUACCUACCCGUCUCGCUGAUCGCCUCGUUUCACCGCGUCGAGGCGCUCACCCGUGACAUCAAGCUGGUCAUCCAGGCCGUGGAAAACUCGGACGUGGUCGAAAUCGCCGACGGCGUCAAGAUCCGCGCCAAGGUGGAGCCGGGCAAGUGGCGUCUGGCGCCGAACGCGCCGGCGCCGCUGGCCGGCCUGCUGCCCGGUGGCGAGCUGAACCCGGACGUGCCCGAGUUUGUGCCGCACUUUCUGCAGCAGUCGGCCCCGGCCGCCUCAGACUCCGGCUCCGGCCCCGCCGCCGCGUCCUCCGCCGACCCGGCGGCGGCCGGAGCCGAGCUGGCCGAGGAGGCACUGCCGCAGGAGGCGCGACGCGAAACUGAGGGCGCUAUGGGUGUCCCGGCCGGCCGCAGCUCAUACCUUUCGCUGCUCAACUCGCCCCCAUUGUCGUCCAGCGCGCCAGAGUCCGAGUGGCGGCAGGUGCGGCGGCGCUCUCGCGAGCCGCGGCCCCGCGCCGGCGGUAACGCCACCUCGUCACCGGCGCCGGCCGUCGACGACCGCGAGGAGCUCAACUUCCAGUUCGAUGAGGAGAUCGAGUCCAAGGUGCCGGCCGGCGGCAGGAACAACACCUUCACCGACGACUGGUCGGACGACGAGUCUGAGAACGAUUUCCCGGACCGCGGCCUGGACAACCUGAUGAUCGUUACGCAGACACCCCCGCCGUCUCGACUGCCGAACCGGCCCGACAAGCACGAGGGCCACGACCGGACCGGCGACUACAUCUCCCGGGUCAAGAUGACCCAGGACCUGGCGUCGGCCAUCAACGACGGCCUCUUCUACUACGAGCGCGACCUCUGGGAGCAGCCCGAAUGGGAAAAUUUCUCAAAUCAGAAAAACGUAUCUGUGAUAUCGAGCGAGGAGUUCAGCAAGAUAAAGCCGCCGUCUCCGAAGGCGUCCAACCAGCAGGUGCCGCCGCCCCCGCCGCCACUCCUCCAGCCGCCCGCCGACGACUCGAACCUCUCACGGUCGUUACCCGCCGAUAUCCCGAUGACGCCCAAGGGCGCCGCGGGCCGGCAGGCGCCGACGACGCCGCGUACGCCGCAUGGCAGCCGGCUGGACGCCAGCCAGGCGCCACGCUUCUACCCGGUGGUCAAGUCGAACCGGCCGCCCGACAAGAUGACGCCCCGCAAGCGCAAGCUGCGCCACUCGCAGAACCCGCCGGUGGAGCACCACGUCGGCUGGGUGAUGGACAGCCGGCGGCACCCGCCCUCGCGGCGCGAGCGCACCAUCUCACAGACCAGCAACGCGAGCAACGUGAGCGGCACAAGUCCGUCCGAGGGCGGCCUGAGCACCAGCCUGGGCAGCACGCCCGGCGCGCUGCCGCAGUUCCAGCACCCGAGCCACGCGCUGCUCAAGGAGAACAACUUCACACAGCAGGUCUACCACAAGUACCGCGCCCGCUGCCUCAGAGAGCGUAAGCGCCUGGGCGUGGGCCAAUCUCAGGAGAUGAACACCCUGUUCCGAUUCUGGUCGUUCUUCCUGCGUGACAACUUCAACCGUAAGAUGUACGAGGAGUUCCGCCAGCUGGCCAAUGAGGACGCCGUCGAUGGGUACAGGUACGGACUGGAGUGCCUGUUCCGAUUCUACAGCUAUGGCCUGGAGCGGCGCUUCAGGCCAGAGCUCUACCUCCACUUCCAGGAGGAGACGCUAAAGGACUUCGAGACGGGUCAGCUGUACGGUCUGGAGAAGUUUUGGGCGUUCAAGAAGUACUACCGCCAGGCGCGCUCUCUGGACACGCUGCCUGAGCUGCAGGCGGCGCUCAAAGACUUCCGGCGACUCGAGGACUUCCGCGUGCUGCCGCCGGCCGGCGAGGAGGACGGCUCCGGCCGCCGCAGUCGGCACACGUCCGACUCGGCGCAGGGCCGGCCGCGGCAGCAGGGGCGGCGCGGCACCAGCUCAGAGGCGGCGCGCGGCCACGGGCGCGGCGGCGGCCGCGGCGCGCGCAGCCGCACCACCUCGGAGGGCGAGGGCGGCGCGCACUACCGGCGGCAGCAGCAGCAGCAGCAGCCGGCCAAGGUGGAAACCCAGGAGCUUAGGGCGGCGCCGGCCGUCAGCGCGUCGGCCUCCAGCUAGAGGUCCGGCCGGCCGGCCGACAGGUGUCGAUGGGACGCAGGCCGGCGGUCGCGCGGGCCGCCCGGUGCCAUACGAGGGCGGCCCGCCGGCCGGACGCCGGUGCCGGGUUUUCUCUCAGUGUUUUGCCGCCCGGUGCGGCGCGCCGGCGUUGUUUAUCUUUGUGCGUGGCGGUCCGGCCGCCCAAGUGGUUCUCCCAGGCGUCCGGCUAAACGGGGGCGGCCCCAAAUAAACGGGAGCCGCUUUCCCAUGGGAUUGUUUAUGUAACCGUGGGAGGCGCGAAAUGCUCUCCGUCCCGCGUCCGACCGCCGUCCGCCCGACCGUGCCCAGCGGCGCCGCGACGGUCGCUUUUUGCGUGGUUGGCGCGGCGCCUCGGCCCCUCCUGCAUAAGUGCAUUGGAAUACCAUCAUUACGGGCGUCUGGCGGCGGAAGGCGCGGCUCCCGGUGAAAACAAUCGAAUUAAUCGCCGCUGCUGCUGGGACGGCGGCGGCGUCUGGCCGCCUGGUCCGGAGAAGGAGUGCCCUGCCGCUGGCACGGCGGCGGCGAGUACAAUGGCGCGCGGGGCGGCCGGCCGGCCGGCCAGCCCCGCCGCGCGCGAGACACGAUCGAGAGGGGUCUCGAGCUGAUGUGAGCCGACAAUACGCGGAGGACAGGGAGCGGUGUGUUUGGCGUGUACAGUGCUGCCGAUGGCGGACCGCAGGGAUCUGGGCUGCCGUGAUUGGUGGCGCGUCCGAUGCGCUCGCGGACUCUUACCGCACGUAGUGGCGUGUAGUGACUGUAGUGUGCGGUAACUAUGGUGAAAAAGCAAAAAAAGAUGCGUGCGGAGUGUCGCGCGCCGUUCGCCGCGCCCGAUGAAGACAGCGCUCGCCGAGUGUGUGCGCGCGGUCGUGUGAGUGCGAGUGAUCGAGUGAGUGAGUUGAGGAUAUAGCUGCGGCGCGCCGUUUUUUCUGACUUGUUGGUGUUUUGCGUCCUGUGGCCGGCGGUGUGAGGCAGGAGAGUGAGAAUAUCAGGCUGUUAUGUGGUUGGUGCGUGGGCCGGGCUGGGGACAACGCGGCGCCGUGGCCGGUCCGUGCGCGGCCGGCCGGGCGGCGGACCGCGCGCCCCGCUACCCACUGACAACCCACGGUCUGCCCACAGUGUGCGUGCGCAAUCCCGGCGGGUUUUCAAUUAAUUUGGGUCCAAGAUAACGCUUUUUGGUGACGUCAUUUAUUUGGUGUGGAUGCCUGCCAGCACGCGUCGUCACGACCUUUCUCCGUCAGGUUUUCGGCCGGCGCUCGGCUGUCGGGUGCCGCCAGCGCAAGAGCGCGUUUUUGUUUUGUAGGCUUCUUGUGCGGCUGUUCUCUGUUUGCUGUCCGUUUCUCGGUGCCUUUCUCGUGUGGGCGGCUGGCGGGCGGUCGGGCCGGCGCGGCCCGGCCCCCGCCCCCGCCAGCACCCUGCGCGCGCGGCCGCGGCCGGCGCCGCGUCGGUCCGGGCCGGCGGGCGCCCGGCUCGGCCGCCGCCUCUGGCUUCUCUCUGUCUCCGGGGACGGUGGCUGUCUCCCUGCUAGCUCGUUCGACGCGUCUGUGUCGCUGUCGCGCCUGCGGUGCCUUUAUAUGGUUGAGGGUAAAUGUGGAGUGGAUCGAUAAUUUCUUGCUAGUGGGAGUCUUGUAAUUAUAGCAAGGGAUUGCGUUGUAAUAUAGUAUGACCGAAAAUCACAAA